UCGUUCAUUCGCUUGUGGGCAUCUUCAUGAUGUCAUCGACUCUCAUUUAGUCGCCAUGGACGUUUUGGUGCCUUCCAUGGCCUCGCCACCAGAAGCUCUGCCUCCAAGCUCCACGGUAGAAGUGGGUCCCUCCUCCAGGUCUCCUGCGGUUCCUCCUCACUCUGCGGCAGUGGUGGCGCUCAUUGUGCUGGCAGUGUCUGUCAUCGUCAUGGCGACAGUGGUGGGAAACGUCCUAGUGGUGGUUGCCGUAUUGACCAGCCGCGCACUGAAGGCACCGCAAAACCUGUUCCUGGUGUCGCUGGCAUCAGCCGACAUCCUGGUGGCGACGCUGGUCAUCCCCUUUUCACUGGCCAAUGAGGUGAUGGGCUACUGGUACUUCGGCACCACCUGGUGUUCCUUCUACCUGGCUCUGGACGUCCUCUUCUGCACGUCGUCCAUCGUCCACCUCUGCGCCAUCAGCCUUGACCGCUACUGGUCAGUUACCAACGCCGUAAGUUACAACCGCCAGAGGACGCCUAAACGCAUCAAGGCCAUGAUCAGCGUGGUGUGGCUCAUCUCCGUCAUUAUCUCUUCUCCGCCGCUGCUCAUGUCGCAGAAGGACGAAGGGCGGGGUCUGCACGGUGAGGAGGAGUGUCUCCUGAACGACCAGACGUGGUACAUCCUGGUGUCCUGCCUCGUGUCCUUCUUCGUCCCCGGCGUCAUCAUGAUCCUGGUUUACUGUAAGAUCUACCGCGUGGCCAAGCAGCGAGCGUCCACCGUGUUCGUGGCCAAGAAUGUCCUGGAGCGGCAGCCGUCGCAGUCCGAGACCUGCUUCGUGGACCAAAGAAAAGGCGGGACCUCGCAGUUCGUGGCGGCGAGGUGUGGUUCCAGAGUAGAUGUGGGCGUGGGCGGAGACCUGGAUGACAUCGACUUGGAGGAGAAGGUCUGUGAGGACAGGAACCGGUCCUUUUCCUUCAGGAGGUCGAACAAGGACAAACCGGCCUCCGAGGCGUCAGCGAGCGAGCUGAAGCCGCCGCCCCCUCCGUCCUGCGCCUCCUUAUCGUGGGCGUCGUCAGACCAGUGCUCCGCCCACUUCCUGCUGCCGUCCCCGGUGCAGACGCGCAGCCGGAAGGCGUGUCUGUCGAGGACUAAAAUGGCGCAGCAGCGGGAGAAGCGGUUCACGCUGGUGCUGGCCGUGGUCAUGGGCGCCUUCGUGCUGUGCUGGUUCCCCUUCUUCUUCACCUACAGCCUGCAGGCGCUGUGCAGGGAAAAGUGCUCCGUCCCAGACUCGCUCUUCAACCUGUUCUUCUGGAUCGGAUACUGCAACAGUUGCCUCAACCCUCUCAUCUACACCGUCUUCAACCGCGACUUCAGGAGGGCUUUCAAGAAGAUUCUGUUCCUGACGCGCAGACGCUCCUGAGGUGUCGAACGCCGGCGCCAAGCGUGACUUUAACCCCAGUUUAAACCAGACGUUAAACGCCUCAUCAUUCAGCAUCAGGACUGAACCGUUAUUGACCUGUUCAGUCUGGUUCGAACCAGGAUUAAAACUGAAACAUAUUCUACAGAUGGUUGAUAUUAUCUGCUUUAUCAGUUGGUCUGAUUAAACUUCUG